CCCAUUUCCUGGUCCAGUGGAAGUCCGAGUGCCAUUUCCUCAACGGGACGCAGCGGGUGCGGUUCCUGGACCGGUACUUCUACGACCGGCAGGAGUUCGUCCGCUUCGACAGCGCCCGCGGGGAGUUCGAGGCCGUCACGGCGUUGGGGAAGGCGGAUGCGGAGGCUUUCAACAGAGAUAAGCACCAGCUGCAGUACCGGAAGGCCCAAGUGGAUCGCUUCUGCCGACACAACUACGAGGUUGCCCAGAGCAUUUCUGCGGUUGGCCGGAGAGCGGGGAUCUGGAUGGCGUGGGAUAUGACAUCACCCCUAAAUAAAAAUAUCAAGGUCCGGUGGCUGAAGAACGGGCGGCCGGAAGAGGAGGGCGUGGCCUUUGGGGAGGAGCUCCAGAACGGAGACUGGACCUACCAGCUCCAGGUGAUGCUGGAGACCCAGCCCCAGCGGGGUGACAUCUACACCUGCCAGGUGGAGCAUGCCAGCCUGGAGGCCCCCAUCACCGUCCAAUGGGAGCCCCGUUCCUCCAACUCUGCCAAGAGCAAACUCUGGACGGGAAUUGUUUCAGCUGUGAUCGGGGUGAUCUUCUUCACCAUGGGGCUCUCCCUCUACCUGAAGAGCAAGACAGGUGAGCAAUUCCCAUCCAGCCUCCUGCAG